AUGUGGGAGGCGAGAUUGGAGGCGGAUGUGAUCAGCUACAGUGCUGGGAUCAGCGCUUGCGAGAAGGGCGUGCAGUGGCAGUGGGCGUUGCAGCUGCUCGGCAAGAUGCGGGAGGCGAUGCUGGAGCCCAACAGCAUCAGUUACAACGCUGCGAUCAGCGCGUGCGAAAAGAGCGAACAGUGGCAGCGGGCUGUCGAGCUGCUCGGCGAGCUGUGGGCGGCGAAGCUGGAGCCUGGCGUCAUCAGCUAUGGCGCCGGGAUCAGCGCGUGCGGGAAGGGCGAGCAGUGGCAGCGGGCCCUGGCGCUGCUCCGCGAGAUGUGCGAGGCGAGGUUGGAGCCCGACAUCACCUACUCAGCUACAGCGCUGGGAUCAGCGCGUGCGAGAAAGGAGGCCAGUGGCAGCAGGCUCUGA